AUGGAGAGCUUGGAGCCACGAGAAAAUAUCAAGAUCGUAGAGGUCGCCAACAUCGACGUCACUAUGGCAUCAAUUGAGCCAGCCGAGGCGCCAACCCAAAAGCACAACUGCCUGACAACACUCCAAGAGGCGGUGGACCUUGUUGAGAAGUCACGCGACACAUUUUCUACCCAGGAGCGUCAACUCAAGAAGUUGGAGAAGAAGUUGGAGAAGCUGGGCAACACGGUCAAGAGACUGGGCAAGGCCGUUCAACCCUGA